UUGAGACAGUAAAUGUAGGAAAUCUUUCAAUGGAGAUAAAACCUUGCCUGUGGAAGGAGAGAAAUGGGGCUUGAGUUAGAAGAAUGUGUAGGAAGAAAAACUCUGAGAACAGUCAUUUCCUGAAGGAAAACAGGUUGUGAGGGAGAGGUUGGAGAUAAGAGGAAAAGAAUUAAAGCCCCUGAAGAGAUGCAAGAGAAGGAAAUCCAGAGCCCACCCUUAGAAGAGGGGGCUCUUUCCUUCUGUGAGACAGGAAGGAGCGAGCUGAGGAACAGAGCUCAGAAAGUGCCAUGCCAUCAAGAAGCAGGCUUUCGUGACCUAAUAAAGCCUGCCCAAGGAUUCCAGAAACCCUGAAUCUGUCCCGACCAGGUCUCCUAGCAACCAGAUGGUGGGGCCAUGGCACUCUUAACACCCCAGGGAGUGAAAGAAGUCUUCCAACUUCAGAAACCAGAGGGUCGUAAACAUCUGUGGGCAUUGCUGAACUGGGAAGAGUUUGAUGAAGUGAGAGACUUCCGCAGAAGCAUCCUGCUGGACACUCUUUAUGAAAGCAUUGUCUUUGCAGUGGGCAAAGGCUUCCCAUGGGUCAAGGUGGCCCAGGUGGCCAAGUUCACAGAGGAACUGCUCCAGGAAGCCAAAGGUUGCUCCAUCACUGAGGCUGUGAUGAUCCUAGGCAACAAGCUCAGAGAUUACCAGGAGCAGUUCAACACUACCCACCUACUGGCCCUCUGCGACUACUUCCACAACACCUUCAUCUGCCAUUACAAACUCUACCAGUUUGUCCUGUGCCAGGACCAGGAAGUCAACCUGAUUCUCACCCCCCUGGAGGUGUGCACACCACCCCAGCCCCUCCCAUUGACCAAGGGCAUGGACAAGGACACCUGGCAGCAUGAGCAGCAGGUGGCUGAGCUCACGACGGCCGAGAUGCAAAAGCGCACCAAUGUGCUACUCCUGAAGGAGGCACUGUACUUGGAACAGGAGCACAUGCUGCAGACGACUUUCCAGGACUUAUCCGUGCAGCAGAGACGGGUGCUAAAGAGAGAGGAGUUAGAAAACCUCAUCAGUAAGGCCAUUCACAUCCAGAUCGAAUGCCUGAAGGAGCUGUUGCAGUAUGAGAUACAGAUAAUGUUUGAUAUUUUGGACCUAAAACUUCAGAAGAAGACUUUAAAUCUCAAUGCUCCCAUUCCUUUCCCUCCCUCAGUCACUGACCAGUCAGGCCAGGUUGAAUCUGUAAAGUCCUACAAGGCAAGCAAAGGAAAGAAAGUGAAAGCAAAGAAGUAGAAGACCCCUGUAGUCCCUUUUUAAAAAAUGGACUCUGAUUGAAGAAGAGCCAUCAACAAUUGUGAUGGUAUUAUGUGGUGUGUUCAGCAUCCAGUAGAUCAGAGACCUCUAGAAAUUAAAGAAACAAAGCAAUA